CUCGUGGCGCGGGCCCAGGCCCCGCCCCUGGUGUACGCCAUCAGCCCGCGCCGCGCCGCUUGGUGUUAUUCCGUCCCGCCCGCGCGGCGGUCGGUGCUCUGUCACCGCCCGCUCUGGUCAUGUCUCCAGCCAGUGGCUUGUAGAUUGGCGACCCGACUUCCCGUCGCGGCCCUGGUCCUGAUGGCGGCGGCGGCGGCGGCCCUGGCAGCGGCCGAUCCCCCUCCCGCGAUGCCGCAAGCGGCGGGAGCCGGAGGGCCCACCGCCCGCCGGGACUUCUACUGGCUGCGCUCCUUUCUGGCCGGAGGUAUUGCUGGAUGCUGUGCCAAAACAACAGUUGCUCCUUUGGAUCGAGUAAAGGUUUUGUUACAAGCUCACAAUCACCAUUACAAACAUUUAGGAGUAUUUUCUGCAUUGCGUGCUGUUCCCCAAAAGGAAGGAUACCUUGGAUUGUAUAAAGGGAAUGGUGCAAUGAUGAUUCGAAUCUUUCCCUAUGGUGCAAUCCAGUUUAUGGCAUUUGAGCAUUAUAAAACGGUAAUUACUACAAAACUGGGAGUUUCUGGUCAUGUGCACAGAUUAAUGGCUGGAUCCAUGGCAGGUAUGACAGCAGUUAUCUGUACUUACCCACUUGACAUGGUUAGAGUACGCCUAGCAUUCCAGGUGAAAGGGGAACACACUUAUACAGGAAUUAUUCAUGCAUUCAAAACAAUUUAUGCAAAGGAAGGUGGUUUCCUUGGAUUUUACAGAGGCCUGAUGCCCACUAUAUUAGGAAUGGCUCCGUAUGCAGGUGUUUCAUUUUUUACUUUUGGUACCUUAAAGAGUGUUGGGCUUUCCCAUGCCCCUACCCUUCUUGGCAGACCUUCAUCAGACAAUCCUAAUGUCUUAGUUUUGAAAACCCACAUAAACUUACUUUGUGGUGGUGUUGCUGGAGCAAUAGCACAAACAAUAUCCUACCCGUUUGAUGUAACUCGUCGGCGAAUGCAAUUAGGAACUGUUCUUCCAGAAUUUGAAAAGUGCCUUACCAUGUGGGAGACUAUGAAGUACGUCUAUGGACACCAUGGAAUUCGAAGAGGAUUAUAUCGUGGCUUAUCUCUUAAUUACAUUCGCUGCAUUCCCUCUCAAGCAGUGGCUUUUACAACAUACGAACUUAUGAAGCAGUUUUUUCACCUCAACUGAAGAAAAUCGUGAUUUCUUUUCCUGAGUAAACUCUCACAGGGAGACAUAAAUGUUCUUUUAAUUUUGAGGGGAACAUUACUUGAAGGGGGCUAUUUCCCUAGUCACAGGAACCACUGGUAUUUUAGUACUUGAUUUUUUUAUUCAUAACAAAUCAAAAGUGCUUACCGUGCUUUUUGAUGCCAAAAGUUAUAACUGAGAACAUUGAAAAAAAUUCCUAAGCUGAUGCUGGCUAAUCAGUUAGGUUAUUUGAAACUGUUUUAAAAUGUUUUUUGGGAGUAGCACUAACUUAAAAUGGGAUUCAAGAGGUUGCCAUUAGGCUUUAUCAUGCUUUAAGUCCAAGCUUUAAGUAUAAUCAUGAUUUUCAAAGACUCUAACAUUGGUUAUUAUUAUUGUAAUAAACAGGCUUGGUUAUAUUGCAGCAGAAUGAUGAGAACUGAAUUUUUAUGUUUAUAAAAUGUAGCUUAGGGGGCACCUGGCUGGCUCAGCCAGAAGAGCUGAGAUUAAGACUCUUAAUCUCGGAGUCAUAAAUUCCAACCCCAUGUUAGGUGUAGAGAUUACUGGGGCGGCGGGGGGGUGGGAGGGAAGUAGUUUAGAAGCCAGCAUUGAACAUUAUUCUUAGUAUCUCUCUUCUCAUAAUUCUGCUCCACUGCAUAAAAGGACUGACACUUUUUCUCUUUGUUUUUAAAUAAAAUAAAUGCUGUAUUUAAAAAUUAGCCUUGUAGAAGCUCAACAAUAAAUGAAGAAUUUUCAGGUGUUGCUCAAAUGUUAUUACUAGGUACUAUGACUGACUUAAAUUUGUUUUUAAAAGUCAAUAUAUUUCCCAAAGGCAGUAAUAAUAAAUACUGAAUAUCUUUGCUCUCAAAACAGAUUAGCAUUAUAGAUUUGUUUUUGUUAGAUGAUUUGGUAUAUACUAGAAAACUUAUUUAAGUGAACUGUGAAAUAUCUAUUAAUAUAGAUGUGAAUGUCAAAGAAUGUUUCUAAGGUAUUUUGUCAUGAUACAUCAACUAGUUCUUCCAUGUAAAAUAAUUUUAGUGCAAUAUAAACUUAAGUAGAAACAUAAAACUGAUUUGAUUUGCUAUCCUUUAUAUUAAAAUGGUUUAAAAUAUAAGAAUUCCAUUUAUUGUGUUUAGAGUACUUUCUAUCUUUUACUGUAAGCAUGACAGAAGUGGAAAGGGAACAAAUACAGUUCUGUCCUCAGACACAGCAAUUUGUAGAAUUGAUGUGAUUUUUUUUGAUCAAUGCAAACUAUUUUAACUGCUCUAACUUUAUAAUUUUUUUUAUUGAGGUAAAAUUGACAUAUAACAAUAUAUUAGUUUCAGGUGCACAAUGUAAUGAUUCAAUAUUUGUAUUUACUGCAAAACAAUCACCACAAUAGUCUAGUUACCAUCUAAUUGAUGUGAUUUUUAGGACAUUAGAAAACUAAGUCGAAAAGUGUUACUUCUGCUUCAAUUUUAAUUUUGUUUGCAUAAAAGAUUUCUUGUCAUACUUUGGUAAAAAUUAGAUGAACUGGUUUCAUUUUCAAAGUCUUUAUUUUAAAAUAAAUAUGUGUCUUUGUAUGAUUUGUAAGUGUACCCCACAGGUAGAAAUAUGUGUGUUCUUGAAAGUAUUUUGUAUAUUUUCAUUUCUGGGCUAUACUGUAGCUAAAUAUUGUUAUCAAGUCACAAGAUAAUUUAAAUGUAUGAAAUAAAUAUCUCAGUUAUGUUAUCAAUAAAAGAGGACUGCAAAUAUUUUUUUAAAUAAAAAUUUGCAUUCUAUGUUACAGAA